AAGUGACAGUCAGAUGAGAAAAAAAGAAUUAAUUACGAAAAAUCAUGAAGACGAUUUGGAGAUAGUUAGCCAGGACGUUUAAUUAUAACAGGACGUUAAUUGCCGCUAAUUCUGAAUUAUAGAGAGUUGUAUAUGAUGUACUGUCUAUUCCUUAACUUAAAGGUAUGAAAAAUGAACAACAGUAAAAUCCAAACCUCUCCGUGCUGUAUCGUCUUUGGCUUUCUGUCGCUGCUGUUGGUUUGUCAGUCUGCAGUCCUACCAAAAGAGAAAUCCAACUGUAACCCUACUGUAGAUAUUGUCUUUAUGCUUGAUGGCCAGUCCAGCGUGAACUCCGGGGAUUUCCUUAAACAGAAGGCGUUCAUCCGGGAUAUCUUAGACCGACAUGAAUCCCCCACCGGGGCUGUUCAGGUCGGGUUCGUGGUUUGUGCCAAUGGAAACUCCACCACGUCUGAAUUCCGAUCCUUUUCUUUUGACAUUCUAGAGAAUUUGAGAAAGUUGACAAAACCUGUAAACAAAGGCAAACGUACAGAUCAAUGUAUCCAAGCCAUGAACAGGGUAUUUUCCUAUGGUGGUAGAGAAGGCGUCAAAAAAAUUGCAGUACUCCUCAUUGGGAAGGACAAUUCAUGGAACGAUAAAGCUACCGUUGCACAUGUGCAGGAGGCAAAGGAUAAUCAUGUUGAUUUACUGGUUAUCACUACUGGCAACAAAAACUUUAGAAGGUUGCACGCUCUCCGAAACAUUGCCAGUGACGAUGGGAAGUUCUUUGUGCUGACGUCAUAUGAUGGACUGAAGCCAUUGUCGGUCGACUUGUCUUCGGGAUCAUGCUUACCCAUUGCUCUUGAUCUCAAUGCCAAAAAAGAGAAGUCUUCAGAUCCAGUAACCACACCAAGGCACAUGAUGCCCACUUCUGUUUCCGGUACAACGUGUCGACCUGCUGGGAACUCAGCACUUGAAAAGCACAUACGUUUCUUCGGUUGGGUCAAGGUUAAUUGUGCUAACAAUGAGCGUGUUGAUUUGUCAGAAUGCAAGUGUGUACUUGGUCCUUCAGUCACUACCAAAGAUGUGGAGUCGUCUAAACCGACAACGUUCAAAAAGAUGCUAAGCACAAAAGGUUUAAAAUCCGAAGACAAGAAGACAGCAACGACUGUUUCUCCUAAGGAAAGAAAGUUAACAGGCAGUACACAACUUGAGGAUUCUAUAAAGAUCCCCUUUGAGUAUGCAACAAAAGCCCCACAACAGACGUCUACGACACGAACUGAAUCUACAUCCAUAGCUCCUGUCGAUCCAAAACCCAACAAAAUGACAAAUCCUCAAACACCUAGUACAUCCACUAUUGUUCCUAAAAUAAAAACUUCUCUCUAUCCCGGAAAUUCACUUCUUAAGACACCAAAGCUUGCACCUAAAAUUGAUUUGUCUAUAUUUUUACCACCUGGGGAGCAAUUAAAUGAUACCUUCGAGCCCAAAGGAGCAGAUCUUCAGACUAUAUUUAAUCUUCUUGAUCUGAAUAAUUCCUCAAAUCAAGCUUCAAAUACUAGCACUGUGGCUUUCAAUGAAACGAAUUCGUUGUAUAAUGAAACGAUUGAGAAUAAUAUACUUAACUCCGCAAUUAUCUCAUUACUUGAUAAAGACAUGGAUGAAACUAAGAAAACGUUCGAAGACAAUCUGAAAUCAGCUAUCAAAAAUGAUACAAAAACGAGGAAAAAACAAACUAAAAUGCUUCUUCCGCUUCCCAAAUUUUUACAUACUCCGAGAAAAAGCGUCCCGGAACCGGAAGCAGCUGCUGUAGUUCCUUUAGUGCUUCCUUCUUCUUUAACCAUUAUUGACUCUGCCAUAAAGACUCUUUCGAAUGAUUCCAUCUUCAAUGGUGUGAAUAUAACGCAUGAAAACACGACAGAAUUAAACGAAACUGAUAUUGGUAAACUAUCCUCACAGAAGAAAUUAAUAUCAUUGCUUCAAACUGAGAAUUCUGUACAAACCAAUAUCAUUUCCUUUCUCAAAGAUACAACAUAUACUAAGUCUGAAAUCCUAGACAAUUACACUCACGAUAAUUCUUAUGCAUCAGCCAACACUUCCAGGAAUGGGAAUCUUACAUCAGAGAGUGACGUGCUAAAAAAUUCUUCAAAGUCAGCUCUUCUGAUUAAAUUACUGAACAUUGAAAACAGCCUUCAAUCCAGACUUAUAUCGUUAUUGAACAAAGAAAAUUUCUUGUUGGGUCACACGGAUUAUGAUUAUCCUGAUCUUCCCACACUUCCUCCUCUUCUUCCUGAGUCAACCACUGCGGCGGUUCCUCAGAAUGGUCAAAAUGUCUUAGAGAUCACCACUCCUUCUACGGAGAAUACAACAGAUUCAAGUGACGUUGUCGAUCUCUUCCAAUCCAUCAGCGAGCUGGAAUCGGCCAUUGCCAUUAUCAUGAAUAAAAAAUCUGUCAAACAAGUCUCUUCAGAGGAACCUCUACCACUUGAUGAGAGAAACUCUUCAGUGCAUACUUCUAAUGUCAGUCUCCCUUUGUAUGAUGCUAGUAAUCGUUCGUCUGAGAGUGAAGUUCUAAUUGCAAAGCAAAAUAUCUCAACAUUAGACUCAACUACUUUUUCUCCUCUUCUUAUCACUACAACAAAUACUGUUUCAUCAACAGUAUCAUCAUUCACUCCAGAUCAGAAAGGAGAUAUGAAUAAUCCAUCUCCAACAAAGUCAGCACCUUUAGUCACAACUACCUUACACAUCGUUAAGCAAAAGGUCUUAAAAUUAGCCCUUCCUCCUCAUCCAAAAUGGCCGCGUUCUCGUUCCUCUUCGUUAAUAAGUAAAACCUCAAAGGACUUCAGUCAUUUAUCACAAUCAUCAAACUUACUUUCUAAAAGGGGAAAAGUUGCUCGGAAGAAAGUUCAAUCGAAUUCAAAGUCAGAACAUGCGGUGUCGAAAUCAUCGACUAAAAAUGCAGCAAAAGCACCAAAGCUUAAUGUAACACGAACAAAGAUUAAACCAACAAGUCCGUCCUCUAAAGAGACAUCAUUACCUUUAUCAUCGCCAUCAUCAUUGUCAUCCUCAUCAAAAUCAUCAUCGACAGACUCUGCACAUGCUUCUCCAUUGACAAUUGAAUUCAGGAAAGUCGUGAAAAAAGACGUAAAGCCUUCGCUUCCGAAGGUUGCUGAUAAAAAUAUAAAAAAGGAAAAGAUUAAAAUAUUCUGAAUGGAAAUUUUGCAUUACAAAGACUAGAAAAAAGAACUGUGUGAUAUUAAAUGACAUCUUAAGCCAUCAAUACAUAUGACUAGGUAGGAUUACUUAACUAUUUGUGUGCACCUACAUAUCUUUUGAAUAAGUAUAUGUACAUGUAUUACAUGUGUUCACGAAUAUAUUCUGAUACUUAAUCAAUAUAAGUUUAAUUUACCGUAUAUAUACGGGCGACAAUCUUUGGUAUUUAUUUUGUGUAUAUAUAUUUUAUGUAUUUAUUUUUCAAUGAU